CUCAGUCUGCUCUCUACUCUCCCAGCUCUCCUGUUUCUUGCAGACUGCCUGCCUUCCAGCGUAGUGCUGUCCUUUCACUCACUACUAUUCAUUACCAUCUAGUGUGCAUUUUCUUAAACCUACAAAGGUGGACAAAAAGCGCUGGCACAGAGCACUGAAGCACGUUUUGUGCUUGGUUGAAAGAAGCAUUCACAUACAUCUAAACUAUUCUGGAAAGACUGAAGCUACGACUAAAUUGCAGUUUUGUUACGGACAGGACACUGACCUUUGAGGCUGCCAGCUCCAAUCGAGCCAAAAACAAGUACAUGACUGAGAACUCUGCCUCUAAUGAUGGACAAGAAAAGUGCCAAUGGCAUUCAGACCAAGGCCAGCGAGGGUGGUGUACAGAGGAAGCAACUACCCUAUUCAGUGGAGACUCCCUAUGGUUUCCAUCUGGAUCUGGACUUCCUUAAGUAUGUGGACGAUAUUGAAAAAGGCAACACCAUCAAAAGAGUCCACAUCCAGAGGAGAGUGAAAGGCCCAGCUAAAUUCAGCACUCUUCCCAGAAAUUUUAGCCUCCCAGGACAUGGAGUCAGGCCUCCACCUAAGGAAGGGGCAUGGUCUGGAACAUCUACCUUGGGGCCAAGACCCAAAUCACGAGUGGCAGAGGUCCAACAAAUAUUUGACUUUAGGCAAAGUGAAGGGGCAGUAUCCAGCCAUAGCAGCAGAGGGACAGCCGGCCAAGGAACUGCAAAUGUUUCAAAUAAAUCCAGAGAUGAACCAAGCACAGGCUUUGAAGGUACUGCAAAUAAAACAGCUGUGAUUCAAAGUCGACCAAACCUCCUCAGAGCCUCAUCAAUGCCCGUCACUCUCCAGCAGAGAAAGGGUUCAGAUUCAAGUAGCCCUGAUUGUACGACAGGAACACCAGAAAAUGGAUCAACAGAGAACAUGUUCCGUGCCUCUCCAGAUGUACUGGAAAGACGAUGCCUUCCACAGGAUCGGGCAGGUCUUCACCAGCAGAUAACAGUGGCACUAAAAAGAGUCAGAGAGUUGGAGGAACAGGUCAAAACUAUCCCAGAACUAAAGGCUCAAAUAUGUUCCCUAAGGGCAGAGCGGGAGCAGCUGUUGCUUCAGAUACAGACACAGUCCCAAGUUCAGGAUCCCUCUUCAAAGGCACAAACACAUGACAAAGUAGGAGAAAGUCAAACCCCAAAACAAAGACCUCCAGAAGGUCUCAAUUUAUCUUUGGCAAUUCAAAUAUCUGAAGGUGUAGCUUGUGAUCAUGUGCCAGUUAAUGUGGAAGAGAGACACAGAGAGACAAAAAGAACGAAAGAGCUACCCAAGCAGACGGAUCCUUCCACAAGUGAAAAACAAAGUCAACCAUCAGAGAAAGUAGAUAAGCAAAAGGAGAUACCGGUGAGCUUAAUUGAUAAUUCUGUGGAAAGACUGUCACUUGACACUAAGGUUAUUGCAAAAGAAGGUGAUAAUUUCAGAGAUAGUAAUGUAUCUAAAGAAGACCAAAAUGGAAUGCUAAAGCUGGAGGAGAAGCUAAUUAUACUAGAGGCAAAACUUACUCAGGCUAGCCAGGAGCUGGAGAGGACUAAUUCUCUUUUGAAGGAACAAAUGGAGGAAAACAAAGCAAAAGAGGAGAGAAUAUUGCAGCUAAGUGAAGGAAUGAGAGUGGAAAUAUGUACAACACAAGCAUCUGCCCGACCAAGAAGAGAAAGCAUAGAUGCAGCUACAGCAACGGAGAAAAUUGAUCUCAGCCACCAAGAAACAGCGACAGAACCUCCUGUUACGAUAAACCAGGGAACAGAUAUGGACAGAAUUCUGGUUGAAGUAACUGUACCAAAACCACGGGCUAGAAGUAUAUAUCGAGGAACAAAGACCAGCAGACUUGACCCAAGUUAUCAGCAAACAGAAAUGGAGGCAGAGGGAACAGAGGAGAUACAACUUCGACCCAGAGCCAACAGCAUGGAGAGGGGUACAAUAACUGAGAGCAUCAAUACUCAAGAUCAAAUGACAGAGACGCCUGCAGCUGAAAGGGUAAACCAAGUUACAGAGACAGAACAAGAACCAGUGACAGACUAUCCGCAAAGACCAAGGGCUAGUAGCGUAGAUCAAGGAACAGAAACUGAAAGGGUGGACACUAUGGACAGGGUCACAGAGACGGAGAAAGCUCAGAGAAACGACCAACAAACUGAAACAGAGAUAGAAAGACAGAAAUACACAAUUUUGUCCCAAAGUGCAGAAGCAGAGGGUCAUAUGGUUAAACAUAAAAUCAGUGUCAGAGAUGAUAUCAGUCAACUCAUCAGGAGCACUCCAGAAAGUGAACAAAUGAAUGGAGUCCAAAUAGAAAGUAAAAAUGUUGCUGUGGAAGUUUAUACAACAAAAUCUGUUUCAGACAUUGAGGGUGUUGCUGCAGCAACUUUAACUACAGAGACUGGGGAGAGGAAUAAAGGGUGUCCCAGUCAGGUCUCUGUAAAAGAUAAUACCAAUACUGAGGUGAGUCUCUUACAAGAUGACUCAAAAAUCAAAGACAUUGAAGUGUCUAAUAGGGUAGAAAUAAAAGAGCCAAAAAAGACUGAGAUGGAGACAACAGAUAAAAAAGAAGAUGAAGACAGAGAAGUUUUGUUUGCAUCAGGCAAAGAAAAUGUUGUUUCAGAUAGUGAUGUGGUAGUAGCUGGAAAUUCAGCUGCAAAGGCAGUAGCACCUGUUAGACCACAGAGGGGCCGCAAGUCCUCGGUAGAGCAAAACCAGUCAUCAUCAACUCAACCUCAACAUGCACCCAUGCUCACUAUUAGGGGAUCCACUGAGGCUGAAACAAAUGCUACAAAAGUUCAGACUGUACCCUGCCCAGAGGCUGAGAUUUCAGCAAAGCCCUCUGAACCACAGGAAAAUGAUCAAACACCGCCUGUGCCUCAAAUGCAAGACAAUAGUCAAGCAAAGAAGCUGCCUGAUGAGUUAAUAGAUAAGCAAUUAAUUACAAAGCUUCAAGAGGAAUCGCAAAGCUCCUCUUCAGGUCCUAAUAAAGUCCAAAUAAAGACCAAGACCAAUCAACCCCACGCUAAGUCUCAAGUGUCAUCUCGUCGGGACUCAAAGGAGCAGCAAGCGCCACAGAGAGGGUCAAGUGUAUCCCACCCUCAAAGUCGAGUAUCAGGUGAAACCAAGGCUCGGCAAACACGCCAAGGGUCAGGUGAUGCCCAAUCUCAUGCCCAGAGUUUGAGGAGAAGCUCCACUGAGGCUCCAUCAUCUCAAAAAGAUGCCAGUGGGACACAAUCACUUCGAAGAGGAUCAAGCGAAGCGGCUCAGCAUCGUAGUUCAGGUGAGGCAAAGGCCUUGCGUCGGGAAUCUGGUGAGUCUCAGUCAGCUCGCAGAGGCUCUGGUGAGUCACCAACAUCCCCUGCUGCUUUGGGACAAGUCGUAACCCGAAUAACAGGUCUUCUUGGGGAGCAGUGGGCACAGCUGGGGAGUAGCUCAGGAGUGCAACAGACAUCAAGCCAACAGGACAGCCCCAGCGCACAGACACCGACUGCAACCAAAAAGGCAGAAGCAGGGAAGGGAGCCCCAGCCAAAGCUGCAGGCAAAGGGACCCCCACUGCAACAACUGGGAAACCAACAGGGAAGACUGGUGCUUCCAAAAUGAGUUCCAUUCAGAGCCAGCUGGUCAGCUCCCUCAGCGUCCUCUCUGCCUUCUACUCCCCAGGCCAGAAAACAGCUGCAACCAGCAAACAGCAAGAGCAAGGUCUCAAAUCGAUUAUGAAGAAAGAAGGUGUUGCUGACAAGCAGGGAAGCAAGGGAGCCAAGAAAAAUCUGAAGUUUGUUGGGGUGAAUGGAGGCUACGAGACAACAUCAAGCGAGGACUCCAGUGGAGAUGAGAAGUCAGAGGAGAAGUCAAAAGUAGAGGUGGAGGAGAAGGAAAAAUCAGAAGUUGUGGUGGAGAAGGAUGCAGACAAGGAGUCUGAGGAAGUAGGAGAAGUCCAGGGGGCUGAUGCAGAGUCUGGUGCUGCUGCUCCUGCUGCUGAAAGAGGAGCUGAUGUAGAUAAAGACGUUGAGAGUGGCCUGCUGGAUUUAAAAUGUGGCCACGAGCUUCUCCAGGAGGAAGAAGCUGAGAGGGAAAAAGUUAACAAAGGAUUCAUUGACGCUUGCAUGUAUGUAAAGGAUCGCAUGGAAGAAGUUUCGUCUCCAGAUAAAGAAAUGCGUCAAGUGCUAGUGGUGCUCUAUCAGGAGUGGUUCAGGGUCUCCAGUCAGAGAGACUCCCAGGCAGAUACAGUCAGAUUAUACCUGAGACAAGUGGGACUAACCACCCCCACUCUCCUGCCAUAUGUUGUUAAUUUGACUGACGGCAAUGGGAAUAUGGCUCUGCACUACAGUGUGUCGCAUUCUAAUUUUCCUGUGGUCAAGCUCUUGCUGGACACAGGUCUUUGUGAAACAGACAAUGUGAAUAAGGCAGGCUAUACUCCAGUGAUGCUGGCUGCCCUGACGGCUGCUGAGAGCCCCGAUGAUCUCGAGGUAGCUGAGCAGCUGCUAAAACUUGGUGAUGUUAAUGCACGCUCCAGACAGGCUGGCCAGACCGCACUCAUGCUUGCAGUGAGCCAUGGCCGCGUUGCCAUGGUGAAGCUGCUUCUGAGUUGCGGCGCAGAUGUAAAUGCACAGGACAGCGAGGGAUCUACAGCCCUGAUGUGUGCCUCUGAGCAUGGACACACGCACAUUGCAUGUUUGCUGCUGGAGACAGGUCGAUGUGAUACUGGGCUAACAGAUAAGAAUGGCCACACUGCCUUGUCGGUGGCAGAAGCAGCCGCUCAUCAAGACAUCAUGGAUCUUCUAAAAUCUCAUGCGUCUGAGCCCAGAUCUGCUGCGGACCUCCUCUGAAUUCUACAGUUUUCCAAACCAUUCCAGGUCAACAACUGCCUCUAUUUCCAUGAUCAUCUGCUCACCAACAGAAGGGGGGAAAGAAAGCUAAAAACUGUUUUUGACGCUGCAUAAGACAAGCAUGGAGCUGCCUUUUUGAUCUCUGGGAU